UUGUAAAGUAUUUUGUCUUGCGUCAAUUAUACUGUCAGUUAUAUUGUUAUCGCAAAUUUUCAAAUAUAUAUUGUGAUAAAUAUUUUUGGCCAUAUUGCCCUGCCCUAUUUGGGAUUAAUAGCCCUUUUCACCUAGUACCUAUUCGACUGACUACUGGGUUUCUGUCAUCUGAGAGCGAGACGCAUGACGAAAGCGCUACUGACUUAUGAACUCGUGGCUAAAAAAAAAUAGUACCUCGCUUAUUUGGAGGUACUUUGGAUUUAAUAAACACGACCUUUACCAAACACAGGUACUCUGCAAAACUUGCCGGACACUCGUGGCAACCACCAGAGGAAACACAACUAAUCUCCACCAUCAUCUUCAAUACAAUCACAGAGAACUGUUUGAAGAGUUCCAGAAAGACAGGGCUAGCCAAACAAAGGUUGCUAAUGUUAAGACAAAGAGCACCGCAGUCCAACAGCCGUCUCUGUAUCAGAGUUUUUCAAGUGGAACUCCUUAUGAGAAAACGUCGAAGCGCUACAAAGAAAUAACAGAGGCCAUUACACAUUUUUUUUGGCUAAAGACAUGAUGCCUAUAAAUACAGUUAGCAGGGAGGGCUUCACCAGUUCGCCAUUCCACAAAUGUACGAAACAUGCCGCAAGACCGUCAUGUUUGAACUAAGCCAAGCUGAAAACUACGCAAGCACUACAGACCUAUGGUCAAGUCAUACAACGGAACCAUAUAUGACUUUCACAGUGCACUUCCUCACCGAAGACUUUGAACUGAAAACACGGUGUCUAGAGACUGUGUAUUUUCUAGACAUAACUACUUGCUUUCCCACCUUGCCCCUGGUGGCCCCCUCCCCCCAUCCUCAGGCAAAACCCCCCCCAACCCCAUUCCCUUGUGGGAUCUACCCCCUCACCCCUACCUCCCUCCCCCACCCCUCUUCCUCCCCCCAGCCUCCAUCCCUCUGGCUGUCAUCCGCUGCAGUAAGAUUUCCCCAUCAUAUCCGCCAAGCUGUCGGACAUGUCAGGACCCGUGCCAAGCCGGGCCCGAGUGUACACAGAGGUCAACACUCACCGGCCAAGGGAGUACUGGGACUAUGAGUCCCAUGUGGUUGAAUGGGGAAACCAGGAUGAUUUUCAGUUAGUGCGGAAGUUAGGACGUGGCAAGUACAGUGAAGUCUUUGAGGCAAUCAACAUCACCAAUAACGAGAAGGUUGUGGUGAAGAUACUCAAGCCUGUAAAGAAAAAGAAAAUAAAGCGUGAAAUUAAGAUUCUGGAGAACCUGCGUGGAGGUCCUAACAUAAUCUCUCUAAUUGAUAUAGUGAAAGACCCUGUAUCCCGAACACCUGCCUUAGUCUUUGAACAUGUUAACAACACAGACUUCAAGCAACUAUACCAGACCCUGACGGACUAUGAUAUUCGAUUCUACAUGUAUGAGAUCCUCAAGGCUCUGGAUUACUGCCAUAGCAUGGGAAUAAUGCAUAGAGAUGUGAAGCCACAUAAUGUGAUGAUAGAUCAUGAGCACCGUAAGCUGCGUCUUAUUGACUGGGGUCUGGCUGAGUUUUACCAUCCAGGACAGGAGUACAAUGUCAGAGUUGCAUCUCGCUACUUUAAAGGACCCGAACUUUUGGUGGACUAUCAGAUGUAUGACUACAGCCUCGAUAUGUGGAGCUUGGGCUGUAUGCUGGCAUCCAUGAUCUUCAGAAAGGAACCUUUCUUUCAUGGUCAUGACAAUUAUGACCAGUUGGUGAGAAUAGCCAAGGUGCUGGGGACAGAAGACCUCUACGACUACAUAGACAAAUACAACAUUGAGCUGGAACCUCGCUUCAAUGACAUUCUUGGCAGGCAUUCUCGUAAGCGGUGGGAGCGAUUUGUCCAUAGUGAGAACCAGCACCUGGUCAGCCCCGAGGCUCUGGAUUUCCUAGACAAACUGCUGCGCUACGACCACCAGGCCAGACUCACUGCCCGCGAGGCCAUGGAUCACCCAUACUUCUUCCCUAUUGGGAAAGAUCAGUCUCGUGUGACCGGAUCAGCCAACCUACCCAGUGGGAACCCUGCUGUUAGCACAGCAAACAUGAUAACUGGUAUCUCUGCCUUGCCAGCCUCUACUGCCCUGGGGCCUCUCACUGGCUCACCUGUCCUAUCUGCUGCCACCAAUGCCCUGAGCACCCCGGUGCCCGCUGCUGCUGGCGCCCCACAGUGACACCCUCACCCAGAUUCACACUAAAAACACCCCCACCCCUCCCUGUGUUAUCAAUCUCCCACUUUCACCACCACCCAGUCAGGAUGGGGGAGGGGUGUCUUAGCAGUUCUCUGCCAGCCGUCACCAUAUCCAACUUAACUCUGUGUGACUACGCUUCAGCAGCUGGAGGCAGCAGUUAUCUUACAAAAAAGAGCUGUUUUCCCUCCUGUGAAUGAGAGUGUUAACAUGACAUAUGAAAUGAAUGUUGUUUAUCUGGUAUUUUUUUCAUUUUGCCCCCAAGUAUGUUUUGGGUGGUGAGACUAAGCAAUGGUCAUUCCUCCCCACUGUGUGUUUUAGUUUGGCGAGAGAAGGCACUGGUCAAUAAGAAUAUCAGCAGAAGGUAAAGGGAGAUGCUGGCUGUCAGGACCAAGAGGAUAUAUAUAGUUUACUACUGAGCAGCGUCAAACACACAACCUAAUGAGAACACUCAUCUGACCUCCCCAGGAGAGUUGAAACACCCUCCAGAUCACAGUAUUUUGGUGCUGUUCUGUACCCCAGGUGUAUGUAAACACAAUGACACUUCAACACUUUCUCUGCCCGAGUAGCUUUGUCUUGCCUUUCUUACCAAACAAGAUCACUCGACUUCUUUUGCUAUGUGACUCCCUGUCACGUCAUCCUCCUUUGUUUUGUUUUUUAUUUUCUCUAAUCCAAAACAUUGUGGACUGCUGGAUAAAAGUUCUCUACCAUCAAGGUGUCUGUUCGACUCAAGUGUUGUUGUGCGAUCUUUUAAGAAGCCAGGUAAGGGUCAUUCAGGUUCUCAAAGAAAUGGUUUCUCUAAAUGUGCUGCUUUCCAGUUCCUUGAAAUACUUCAAGAUCUAACCAAAGUUUACUCAAGUUGUUUGGAAGAAGAGGCUGACCAAUUGCUUUUUUUUCCUUCCCCUCCAGUGGGAAGCUAGUAGGAGUUGCUCACAGAGUGGACAGUGUGAUAUGUGUAGUGAAUGAAAUGAAAACAUAGGACAUUGUCAUUUGCUGGUAGGGCUGUCACAAUACCAACAAAAUGAAGUACAGUGAUGUAUAUCUUCUUUUUUUCUUUUUCUUUUUUUGGAACACCUUUGUGCUUUAAAGCCACAUGCGAGGAUUUGUAUUUGUGUAAUCACGUCACAAUCAGAGGAGGAACAUUGUUGGCCCUCUAUGUUCCUCUGCUGAACUUUUUAUGGAGCUGAAGAACAAGAUGAGGGGCUGUCAUCAACUCUCUUCACGUGCCUCUCCACAAAUGAAACGGAAUUGAGACGCAAGUGCAACCAGAAAUGAAAGCAAAAUGGGAUAGACUCCCAUUUAUUUGAAAAGGAGUGUGCUUAAAUGAGGGAAAUGCACCCCUUAAAAUCCAGAGUAAGUAAAGUAAAUUAAGAUUAAUGUUGCAUUGCGUAGGGCAGGUAUAAUCCUUUCACUGAGACAGCCCUACCUGCUGGUGACUGUUAGAGAAAAGUUCACCUCUCAUGUAUAGUGAGUGACGUUUUUGAAGAGUCAUGCAGUUUGUUGGCUUUCACCAACACGUUGAGGGAAGCAGUGGAGUAUAAUAGCAUUUGAAAGAUGGUUUCCCGUAAUGUUUUAGUGCCAGAGUUUGGAAGUGCAAGUUUUAGAUCCUGCUGUACAUACGCCUUUUUUCCAUUUCAAAACCUGAAAAUGCAAAUAAAUCAAAACAUGUAUACAUUGA